AUGGGUCCGAGAAUUAUUGUAUCAGAUAGUCAGGAAUCUGUUCAUUUCUUACGUUACAAAUCAAAUGAAAAUCAACUAAUCAUCUUUAGUGAUGAAACAACCCCUCGUUAUAUAACAUCAAUAUGUUUAUUAGAUUAUGAUACAGUUGCUUGUGCUGAUCGUUUUGGGAGUAUAGCUAUUCUUCGAUUACCAAAAAAUUUGGUUGAGGAAGUUCAGGAAGACCCUACAGGUGUUCGGGCACUUUGGGAUAGAGGGAAUAUGAAUGGAGCUUCUCAAAAAUUGGAAUUAAUUGCACAUUUUUAUAUUGGAGAUUUAGUAACUAAAUUACACAAAACAAGUAUUGUCCCUGGUUCUGAUGAUUCUUUAAUUUAUACAACAAUUUCUGGUUCAAUUGGAAUGCUUGUUCCGUUUAUUUCGAGAGAUGAAUUUGAAUUCUUUCAAACACUCGAAAUGCAUUUACGUGUUGAGAAUCCGCCUCUUUCUGGCCGGGAUCAUUUGGCUUAUCGAUCUUUUUAUGCUCCGUGUAAGUUUGUUGUUGAUGGCGAUUUAUGUGAGCAAUAUUCUACAUUGGAUACAGGAAAACAGAGAGAAAUCGCUUCUGCUCUAGGUUUACAGCCUGGGGUUGUUGUAAAGAAAUUAGAAGAUUUGAGAACGCGUUAUGCUUUUUAAAAGGAAUUUUUUUGGGAAAAAUUGUUAUUUAUUUUAUUUUUUUGCAAUUUUAAAUUGGCCCUCAUAUCCAUUUAUUUUUUUAUCAAUGAUCUGAAAAUUAAAAUUUGGAAUUUUUUUGAAAGAUUUUUUUGUUAUUUAAUUUGUUAUUUGACAUUUAUUUAUUUAUUUUUUGCAUAUCUUAUUCUUUUUUU